UCUGUUAGGCAUUGUUUGGAAUGAAUCAUGUGCAAGAGUUCAAUUCAAUUGAAUUCUUGCAAUAUCAUGUUAGUUUUGAUUUAGUUUCAUUACUUUGUUUAUUUAAGUUGAAAGAAUUGAAUUCUAGUAACUAUAUUCCAAACAUGAGAAUUAACUUAGUAAGACUUCAAUUCAAUUAAAUUCUUGCAUUUUUUAGACUUUUCAAACAAGGGGUUAUGGCUUCAGAUUCAUUAAUCCAAAAUUCAUUCUUUUGAUGUCUUAUAUACCAUUUUCAAUAACUGCAGCUUGUUGGAUUCUGCUUCCCUUUUUCUCCACAUCAAGAAGUGUGACUACAAGUCUAAGAUUCUAACUAAUUAAUUUUUUAGUUAACUUAUUAUUGAAAAAGAGUGAUCUCUUACAGCCAUUCAGAUGGCCUAUGAACUAAAUGAACAGAAGAAGAUUGGAUUGGGUCUGAUUGGCUUUGGCAUCCUUUUCUCAUUUCUUGGGGUGCUUCUGUUUUUUGAUAGGGGUUUGCUUGCACUUGGGAAUAUAUUUUGGUUAACAGGAGUGGCCAUUUUGCUUGGUUGGCAUUCUACUUGGAACCUUUUUACAAACAGAGCAAACUACAAGGGAACCAUCUCUUUUCUUUUGGGGCUUUUCUUCAUAUUUGUUCGGUGGCCAAUAGUUGGUAUUGUUUUGGAAAUAUAUGGCUGUAUUGCUCUCUUUGGUGGCUUUUGGCCCACUGUUAAGGUGUUCCUCUAUCAGAUUCCAGUUGUUGGAUGGAUUAUACAGUAUCCUGUUCUGCUUCUUGGUCGCUUAAGAGGUGGUCCUGCUUAAAGACUUAUUUUCAUCUGAUCUAUAUUCUCUUCCAAUGUUAUUUCAAGAUGUGAUUAGAGACUCAAAAUUUUUAACUGGUCAAUCGUUUAACCUUCUAUGACUUGAGAGGAGAAGCUGUUAGACAGGCGGCCUAGUAAUUAAGGGAAGGCUGCUCUUUUUGUGCAAGUUGAUCAAUGUUCAAAAGCACAGUUGCUGAAGAAUGUAAUAUUUCUAGUCAGUUAGCUCAUUGACCUUUUUCAAAAACACAGUUACUUACCAAAUGUCUGUCUGAUUUGUGAAAUAUAUAAUGGCUCAUUAGCUGGA